AUGCGUUUUCUCAUAUUUUUCUUCGUCGUUUUUAUUUGUAAGACAGGACAUGGAGCGAUGUACCACUGUAAUGAAAAUGCUACAUGUGGAUGUUCAAAGUCAUUUACACUUAUAUCAUGUAUUAUUGGCGGUGAAGCUGCAGCUCAACAAUCUUGGUCAUGGGCUGUUUCUAUUCGUUCUAAUGGAGAUCACUUUUGUGGAGGAUCAAUUCUUUCACCAUCAUUCAUUAUUACUGCUGCUCAUUGUUUUAAUGAUGAAACUGACUUAAAAAUAUCACUAUUCUUGUUGGAUCUCUAA